GCUUCACUCCCUUCUUCUCCUCGAGAGCCUCUCCCCAACGGGCGAUAGCGUCGGGGUCCUGCCCGCUCGCUGCCCUCAAGCCCCGUGUCCCGCCCCCCGAUCCAACCCCGUCCGCCGCACCGUCCACCGUCCCUCCCACCCGUCGCCGUCAUGAUAUCCAUAUCCCUAUAGACAGCACCCCCACGCAGCACCUCCUCUGCACCUCCGACCCACCCAUCGAUCUACCCUCGCUCGCUGCUGCUCAAGUCUGUCCCCACCUCUCCUCGUCUCCAUCGCCAUCUCCAUCCUCAUCUCCAUCCGCACCCUCUCCCCACAUUCAUCGACUCCAUCAUGACCGUGUCCGAUGCCGUCGACGCACCGCAACCCUCCGACGAGGGCGAGAGUUUAGACGGCUUGGAUAAGCCACCCCUCGGUGACUUAUCCUCCCCAUCACCCCGUCUAUCUAAAUCCCCUAUCCCUCAGAACAAGUCGCACCCCAACGGCUCCUCCACCGCGAAGCGCACUACCCCCGCUUCGUCAGUCCCCUCCUCCCCUCGCAAGCACGAUCCCGCUUACCCCGCCAGCGGCUUGCACCCUCCUCUCGCACCCUCCCAUUCCUCCUCCAUCCCCCUCCCUCCGCCGGACGCAAAAUCACAUCGGAAGGAACCUGGACACACCGUCGACAGCCUCAAGAAGCUCGUGCUUCCCGUCGCCAAUGGCUCUGUCUCCACUCCCGGAUCGUCAACACCCUCUCCCGCUGACUCACCCUCCCCUACCGAGAGUGGAGGCUGGAGCCUCCCCUCCACUCGCCCGCCCAGCCAGGCCCCCAGUCGAGCGCCCAGCAUGUCUGGCCCAAAGCCCGACAACGCAUCUCUCCUCAAGGUUACACCCCAUGCGUUUCAGAAGCUUUCGAAGAAGGGCGCUCACACUCCCCUGGCCCCCGCGACCCCGGUUGAGCCUCCGCGUCCCAAGGGUCCUCCCUCAGUUCACUCUGAUACCGGCGGCCACAAGUUCACUCUCAAGGAACUGUUGGCGUCUGGUCCCAAACUAGCGCGCAAGUCCUCGGCCCGGUCUACGGCCAGCAGUAAGAAGUCGGACUCGGAGGGUGGAGGUGCGCGGUCGACUACUGGAGGAGAGUCCACCGUCAGCUUGUUGAAGAAGUACGGCACCUGCGAAAGAGUCGCCAUCGGGAAGGGCGCCACAUCCGUGGUGCGCCUGGCUCACAAAUGGGACAGAACCGAGGAGAAAUUGUAUGCCGUCAAGGAGUUCCGCAAAAGGCGAAAGAACGAGACAGAAAAAGAAUAUGUCAAGAAACUGACCGCCGAGUUUUGCAUUUCGUCGACACUGCAUCAUAUCAACGUCGUCGAGACCGUCGAUCUCGUGCAAGAUGAGAAUCAGCACUGGUGCGAAGUGAUGGAGUUUUGCCCCGGGGGCGACCUAUAUGCAGCGAUCAAGAAAGGCCAUAUGUCACCCAGUGAGAUCGAGUGCUGCUUCAAGCAGAUCCUAUGUGGCGUCUCGUAUCUACAUAGUCAAGGUGUAGCCCAUCGCGACAUCAAACCGGAGAACUUAUUCUUCGACACCAAGGGUCACUUGAAGAUCGGGGACUAUGGCGCAUCGACCGUGUACCGCUUGCCAUGGGAGGCGACCAUACACAUGUCGACGGGGCUCUGCGGGAGCGAACCUUACAUCGCCCCAGAGCAGUUCCUCAAUAAACCAUACGACGCCCGCCUCGUCGACAUCUGGGCCGUUGGUGUUGUGUACUACUGCCUGUACUUCCAGGAGCUGCCGUGGCGCGUCGCGCAGCAGACUGAUGCGCUCUACGCCGCGUACACUGCCGCGUGCGCCAAUCCGCAGCAGACCGCGUGCCCGCCAACGAUCAACAACCUGUCGCCGCGUAUGUGCCGCCCGCUCAUCCGGCGCAUGCUCGAGCCCGAUCCGAAGCAGCGCGCGCUCAUCGAGGAGUGUAUGCAACAUGCAUGGACAGAGAGCAUCGAGGUCUGCCACGCCGUGCCGUCGCCAGCGCACGUGCACGUACACGCGCAGUCCCUAGCCCAGGCGCAGCACGCGCAUGUUUUUUUCUCUCCUCUCUGUUCCGUAGUUGGCUCCCGACUCCUCCGCGGUCGCCAGUCAGCCAGAGUCGGCCAUGACUCGCCGGCCCCCCCACCCCUAUUCCCCUACGUGCGUGUGUACGUGUGCGCGACCCCCGCCCUCGAGGGAUCGGCGACGUCGUGGACGGUUCGGCGCGCGCCAAUUUUUCUUAAUUAUGCCAGGAAAUGUCAUCCAGAUAUAUAAUCUGCUUUUUUACG